UGGUCUGAAUUCCAAAUUGUUCCGUAGGUUACACAGAAGAACACUACAUAGUGUGUAAAACAACGGGCUUGUGAUGACUAUGUAGAGUUAUUUGUGUUAAAAUUGCGUCAAUUUGAGAUUCGGUGUAAAAGUGGCGUUGUGGUAACGGUAGCUAUAGCGAGGUGGUAUAUUUUCAACAUAUGUUUUAGCUCGUCGGAGUACAGACUUUAUUUUUAUCAGGAGAGGUUGGGAAGCUUUUAUUGGCAAAACUACCUGAAAACUUGCUCAUCUGUAAGUAUUGGGUAAAAACUAGCUAAUUAGGUAGAUAGACGGAAUAAUGCUCCGAAAAAGAGUUUGGAGAAAAGCAGCGAACGAUGCUGUUAGUUGGCAUCAAGAUGAGUCCCUCAACACCACCAUUUUCAUCCUGAAAGAAUUUGGGCCUACAGGGUUCCUUCUCAAAGAAGAUAGAGAACCCAAAAACUACAAAGUAUUCCUGGGUGAUCCUCACACGUGCACUUGUGGAACCUUCCAGAAAGAGAAGGACCUCUGCAAACACAUCUGCUGGGUUUUGAUGCGCAAAUUUAGGCUACCAAGAGAUCAUGAAUACUGUUUCCAGCCAGGUCUUGUAGAGAGACAGAUCCUGGAGGUGUUACAGCGUCCGUACAGGACAGACAUCAGCGUCCCAUCAGCCCCUGCACAGCUUUGCUCUAGUGAGGAAGAUGAUGGUACGAUCAGGAAGAAAGACAUUAGGGAUGACGAUAUCUGUCCCAUCUGUCAAGAAGAACUGCUUAGAAAAAGACUUCCAGUGGCGCAUUGCAGGUUUGGAUGCGGAAACAACAUUCAUAUCUCCUGCAUGAAAGUGUGGGCUGACCAUCAGAGCAGGUCCAAGACAGACGGCAUGGUGAAGUGUCCACUGUGCCGGGAGGACUUUUGCAUGUUAAAGAUGCUGCUGGAACAGGUGAAAAAUGCUGGUCAGCUGUGUACCUCCUCAGAGAGAGAGCGUUUGGAGAAACACCUGGGGAUCCCAUGCAACAACUGCAGAAUCUGUCCUGUUGUUGGAAAAUGUUUUAAGUGCAGUGUGUGCAGUUAUUACCACCUGUGUGAGGACUGCUUUAAGAGAAACUGCCAUCCUCAACACAGCUUUGCCGUGAGAAUGAAAAGAAAUCAAUCAUGGCAAGUAAUGAUGGAAAGCAAGAAAAGCUUAACUGUCAAUCAAGAGACGAACACUAACAGUGAAACUGCUGUAAUGUCAGAUGUGGUUCCAGAGCACGUUUUGAGGAUGUUCCCAGUAAUACAAGUUCACCAACGUUCCCGACUACUGGAACAUGGAGUACAGUGUCGCCUUUGCCUUCAGAGCUUCCACGUGGGCCAGCAGGUUAAAACUCUCCCCUGUCGACACAAGUUUCAUUCUGGCUGUAUCAAGACAUGGUUACGACAGUCCAUCUGCUGCCCUGUGGACUGGCAUGUCAUCUACAACCCUCUCACAUGGAGUGGCAAUGACAUUAAGACAACUAGCACAGCACUCCCUGCUAGUAGUGCCCAGGUCAAUCUUACUGAUCAGCAGAACACAGAGUUGUAUGUACCUGGUAUUGGCUUGCAGAGGAAAGAAAUAUCUGACAUAUCUAAAGCAGCCUCACUGGCUCCCGUUUCUCUCAAAUCCAUGGUCCAGAACACCCAGGCCCUCUGCAUCGACAGCAAACAGUUCUGUGAAUCCAGAUCCAUGCAGAGGUGCCCGUCUUUGGAACAAGCUCCAGUCUUGGCCUCUAAGAAGAGAAUGCAUGCAAAGACAUCCUGUCCGAGCUUGUCCUUGUCUCCUGCAGUUGUGAGGAUGGAACUAUCUAGGGGAACCCAACGGAGCUUGUUUGUGGGUUUCAAUAAGCUUGACAACAAACCCCAACGCAAGGCAAGCUCUGUUCAUGGGCAGAUGAGACCAGUGAGGUUGGAGGGUGAUGGUGUGGGUGUACGAACAUGGUCGAGCAGCGGAGAUCAAAGCAUUCUUGACUUACAGCCAACAAGUAUACCUAUCAGUGCUAAACAUGAAAGGAACUAAGAGUGUGUGUUUUUGGUUUUUUUUGUUCCUUCCCUUUACAUUUUGAUAGUCCCGUGCUUUUAAGACAUCGAGAAAUGCAAAGGCAAUAAACCACUAAAGCAAUUACAUCUAA